AACUGUAUAACGGACGCUGCAGCAGCUGAAUCUGUUCAUGUCUGGAAGAGUUGGAUCAUGGCCACAGCAUCUGAUGUUCAACCUCUGAGGCGCAGCAGCAGCUAUGAAUGGCUACCAGAUUUCAUGUCUGAGCUGAGGGUUGUUCUUCUGGGGAACAACUGGUCUGAGAGGAAUUCAGUAGGAAACCUGAUCCUGGAUCAGAAUGUUUUCCAUGACAAACUCACCUCCUGUAUGAGAACCAGUGGAACAAUAAAAGACAAAAAUGUCAUCAUCAUCAACACCCCAGAUCAUCUACUGUCUGACAUCUCACACCAUGAGCUGAUGAAGUUCAUAAAAGACUGUUCAGGUGCUUCACAUCCUGGACCUCAUGUGUUCCUGCUGGUUCUACAGCCUGAAGACUUCACUGAAAAACACAAACAGAGAAUAGAAUCAUUCCUUGAAAACUUCAGUGAUCAGUCAUUUAAUCAAACACUGGUUCUGAUUUCACCAAGAAAAAAGAGUCCAGGACGCACAGACACCUACAGACAACGUCCAGCUGUAAAAGACAUGAUCAGAAGAUGCAGAUACAGACAUCUACAGAUGGAGAACCUUCAUCAUGAUGAACUGUUAACACGACUGGGUCAAAUAAUGAAAGAGAGCAACGGAGAACAUCUGAGCUACGAAGAAUUUGAGGAAACACCAUCUUCUUUACCAGGUGGUCAUGAGGACCUCAAACUGAAGCAAACAGGUUCUGGUGUCAUGGGUGCUGUUAAAGAUGCUGGACUGACUGCGGUAAAACAUGUCCAAUCAGACUUCUCUGUCUCUGGGACAAACCCUUCAUCUGACAAUGUUCAACCUCUGAGGCGCAGAAGGAGCUAUGAAUGGCUACCACCUAACAUGUCUGAGCUGAGGGUUGUUCUUCUGGGGAACAACUGGUCUAAGAGGAAUUCAGUAGGAAAACUGAUCCUGGAUCAGAAGGUUUUUAAUGUUGAACUCACCUCCUGUAUGAGAACCAGUGGAACAAUAAAAGAUAAAAAAGUCGUCAUCAUCAACACCCCGGAUCAUCUACUGUCUGACAUCUCACACCAUGAGCUGAUGAAGUUCAUAAAAGACUGUUCAGAUGCUUCCCAUCCUGGACCUCAUGUGUUCCUGCUGGUUCUACAGCCUGAAGACUUCACUGAAAAACACAAACAGAGAAUAGAAUCAUUCCUUAAAAACUUCAGUGAUCAGUCAUUUAAUCAAACACUGGUUCUGAUUUCACCAAGAAAAAAGAGUCCAGGACGCACAGAAACCUACAGACAACAUCCAGCUGUAAAAGACAUGAUCAGUAGAUGCAGAUACAGACAUCUACAGAUGGAGAACCUUCAACAUGAUGAACUCUUAACACGACUGUGUCAAAUAGUGAAAGAGAACAACGGAGAACAUCUGAGCUACGAAGAAUUUGAGGAAAUACCAUCUUCUUCCCUAGAUGAUCAUGAGGACCUCAAACUGAACCAGACAGGUUAUGGUGUCAUGGGUGCUGUUAAAGAUGCUGGGCUGACUGCGGUAAAACAUGUCCAAUCAUUCCUCCCUUUCUCUUGGACAAACCCUUCAUCUGACAAUGUUCAACCUCUGAAGCGCAGCAGCAGCUAUGAAUGGCUACCACCUAACAUGUCUGAGCUGAGGGUUGUUCUUCUGGGGAACAACUGGUCUAAGAGGAAUUCAGUAGGAAACCUGAUCCUGGAUCAGUAUGUGUUCUAUGACAAACCCACCUCCUGUAUGAGAACCAGUGGAACAAUAAAAGAUAAAAAUGUCAUCAUCAUCAACACCCCAGAUCAUCUACUGUCUGACAUCUCACACCAUGAGCUGAUGAAGUUCAUAAAAGACUGUUCAGAUGCUUCACAUCACGGACCUCAUGUGUUCCUGCUGGUUCUACAGCCUGAAGACUUCACUGAAGAACACAAACAGAGAAUAGAAUCAGUCCUUGAAAACUUCAGUGAUCAGUCAUUUAAUCAAACACUGGUUCUGAUUUCACCAAGAAAACAGAGUCCAGGACGCACAGAAACCUACAGACAACGUCCAGCUGUAAAAGACAUGAUCAGAAGAUGCAGAUACAGACAUCUACAGAUGGAGAACCUUCAUCAUGAUGAACUGUUAACACGACUGGGUCAAAUAAUGAAAGAGAACAACGGAGAACAUCUGAGCUACAAAGAAUUUGAGGAAACACCGUCUUGUUUACCAGGGCUGACUGCGGUAAAACAUGUCCAAUCAGACUUCUCUGUCUCUGGGACAAACCCUUCAUCUGACAAUGUUCAACCUCUGAGGCGGAGAAGGAGCUAUGAACUGAUACCACCGAACAUGUCUGAGCUGAGGGUUGUUCUUCUGGGGAACAACUCGUCUGAGAGGAAUUCAGUAGGAAACCUGAUCCUGGAUCAGAAUGUUUUUGAAAUUGAACUCACCUCCUGUAUGAGAACCAGUGGAACAAUAAAAGAUAAAAAUGUCAUCAUCAUCAACACCCCAGAUCAUCUACUGUCUGACAUCUCACACCAUGAGCUGAUGAAGUUCAUAAAAGACUGUUCAGAUGCUUCCCAUCCUGGACCUCAUGUGUUCCUGCUGGUUCUACAGCCUGAAGACUUCACUGAAGAACACAAACGGAGAAUAGAAUCAGUCCUUGAAAACUUCAAUGAUCAGUCAUUUAAUCAAACACUGGUUCUGAUUUCACCAAGAAAACAGAGUCCAGGACGCACAGAAACCUACAGACAACAUCCAGCUGUAAAAGACAUGAUCAGAAGAUGCAGAUACAGACAUCUACAGAUGGAGAACCUUGAUCAUGAUGAACUGUUAACACGACUGUGUCAAAUAGUGAAAGAGAACAAUGAAGAACAUCUGAGCUACGAAGAAUUUCAGGAAACACCAUCUUCUUUACCAGAUGAUCAUGAGGACCUCAAACGAAACCAAACAGGUUCUGGUGUCAUGGGUGCUGUUAAAGAUGCUGGACUGACUGCGGUAAAACAUGUCCAAUCAGACUUCUCUGUCUCUGGGACAAACCCUUCAUCUGACAAUGUUCAACCUCUGAAGCGCAGAAGCAGCUAUGUACUGCUACCACCUAACAUGUCUGAGCUGAGGGUUGUUCUUCUGGGGAACAACUGGUCUAAGAGGAAAUCAGUAGGAAACCUGAUCCUGGAUCAGUAUGUGUUCUAUGACAAACUCACCUCCUGUAUGAGAACCAGUGGAACAAUAAAAGAUAAAAAUGUCAUCGUCAUCAACACCCCAGAUCAUCUACUGUCUGACAUCUCACACCAUGAGCUGAUGAAGUUCAUAAAAGACUGUUCAGAUGUUUCACGUCCUGGACCUCAUGUGUUCCUGCUGGUUCUACAGCCUGAAGACUUCACUGAAGAACACAAACAGAGAAUAGAAUCAGUCCUUGAAAACUUCAGUGAUCAGUCAUUUAAUCAAACACUGGUUCUGAUUUCACCAAGAAAACAGAGUCCAGGACGCACAGAAACCUACAGACAACGUCCAGCUGUAAAAGACAUGAUCAGAAGAUGCAGAUACAGACAUCUACAGCUGGAGAACCUUCAUCAUGAUGAACUGUUAACACGACUGUGUCAAAUAGUGAAAGAGAACAACGGAGAACAUCUGAGCUACAAAGAAUAUGAGGAAACACCAUCUUCUUUACCAGAUGAUCAUGAGGACCUCAAACUGAAGCAAACAGGUUCUGGUGUCAUGGGUGCUGUUAAAGAUGCUGGGCUGACUGUGGUAAAACAUGUCCAAUCAGACCUCUCUGUCUCUUGGACAAACCCUUCAUCUGACAAUGUUCAACCUCUGAAGCGCAGCAGCAGCUAUGAAUUGCUACCACCGAACAUGUCUGAGCUGAGGGUUGUUCUUCUGGGGAACAACUCGUCUAAGAGGAAUUCAGUAGGAAACCUGAUCCUGGAUCAGAAUGUGUUCCGUGACAAACUCACCUCCUGUAUAAGAAUCAGUAAAACAAUAAAAGAUAAAAAAGUCGCCGUCAUCAACACCCCGGAUCAUCUACUGUCUGACAUCUCACACCAUGAGCUGAUGAAGUUCAUAAAAGACUGUUCAGAUGCUCCACAUCCUGGACCUCAUGUGUUCCUGCUGGUUCUACAGCCUGAAGACUUCACUGAAGAACACAAACAGAGAAUAGAAUCAGUCCUUAAAAACUUCAGUGAUCAGUCAUUUAAUCAAACACUGGUUCUGAUUUCACCACGAAAAAAGAGUCCAGGACGCACAGAAACCUACAGACAACAUCCAGCUGUAAAAGACAUGAUCAGAAGAUGCAGAUACAGACAUCUACAGAUGGAGAACCUUCAUCAUCAUGAACUGUUAACACGACUGGGUCAAAUAGUGAAAGAGAACAAUGGAGAACAUCUGAGCUACAAAGAAUUUGAGGAAACACCAUCUUCUUUACCAGGUGGUCAUGAGGACCUCAAACGAAACCAAACAGGUUUUGGUGUCAUGGGUGCUGUUAAAGAUGCUGGGCUGGCUGCGGUAAAACAUGUCCAAUCAGACCUCCCUGCCUCUUGGACAAACCCUUCAUCUGACAAUGUUCAACCUCUGAAGCGCAGCAGCAGCUAUGAAUUGCUACCACCGAACAUGUCUGAGCUGAGGGUUGUUCUUCUGGGGAACAACUGGUCUGAGAGGAAUUCAGUAGGAAAUCUGAUCCUGGAUCAGAAUGUGUUCAAUGACAAACCCACCUCCUGUAUCAGAUCCAGUGGAACAAUAAAACAUAAAAAUGUCAUCAUCAUCAACACCCCGGAUCAUCUACUGUCUGACAUCUCACACCAUGAGCUGAUGGAGUUCAUAAAAGACUGUUCAGAUGCUCCACAUCCUGGACCUCAUGUGUUCCUGCUGGUUCUACAGCCUGGAGACUUCUCUAAAAAACACAAACAGAGAAUAGAAUCAGUCCUUGAAAACUUCAGUGAUCAGUCAUUUAAUCAAACACUGGUUCUGAUUUCACCACCAAGAAAAAAGAGUCCAGGACGCACAGAAACCUACAGACAAUAUCCAGCUGUAAAAGACAUGAUCAGAAGAUGCAGAUACAGACAUCUACAGAUGGAGAACCUUCAUCAUCAUGAACUGUUAACACGACUGGGUCAAAUAGUGAAAGAGAACAACGGAGAACAUCUGAGCUACAAAGAAUUUGAGGAAACACCAUCUUCUUUACCAGGUGGUCAUGAGGACCUCAAACUGAACCAAACAGGUUUUGGUGUCAUGGGUGCUGUUAAAGAUGCUGGGCUGACUGCGGUAAAACAUGUCCAAUCAGACCUCCCUGCCUCUUGGACAAACCCUUCAUCUGACAAAACUGAUCUCAGGAUUGUUCUGUUUGGGAAAAGAGAACACAAGAAGAAUAAAGUUAUUAAUUUAAUCCUUGCAAAGCAAACUGGGCAUUCCUUUAACCCCUUCUCAACUAAACAAUAUGUGACCAUUGAUGGAGAGUGGAGAGGAAAACCACUAACAGUGGUGAAAACUCCAGACAUCUGCAGUCUGACGGUGGAAUCACUGAGAAAAGUAGUGAACUACAUGACACCUGGACCAAAUGUUCUUCUGCUGUUGGUGAAGCCGUCAGAUUUCACUGAGGAGGACAGAAAAACACUGACAUCCAUCCUGAGUUUGUUUGGUCCAGAUGCCUUCAAACACUCCAUGGUCGUCUUUACACAUGAUCUGAGUGAAAUGAGCUCCUCUGCCAAUGAGCUCCUGAAAGACUGUGAAGGAAGACACUACAACAUGUCUGUAGAAGACCGCAGUGUUUUAAUGGCGAUGAUUGGAGAAACUAAAGACAACAGCCUCGUUCCUCUGUCCACAGUUAUCAAACCACCUUUAAACCUGGUUCUGUGUAGGAACAGAAAAUCAGAGAAGACUUCAGCAGCCAGGGCCCUUCUAGGUCUGACUGAGCUUUGUUCAGGUUCUUCAGAGUUUGUUAAACAUCAGGUGGAGGUCUGUGGACGUCAGGUUUCUGUGGUGGAGCUGCCUGUCCUGAAUGGAAGACCUCAGGAAGACGUGAUGAAAGAGUCAUUCCAGUCCAUCUCCCUCUGUGAACCUGAGGGCGUCCACGCCUUCAUCCUGGUCCUACCAGUGGGUCCACUCACCGAUGAAGACAAGGCAGAGUUAGAGACCAUCCACAACACAUUCAGCUUUCGAAUCACGGACUUCACUGUAAUUCUGUUCACUGUGGAGUCAGAUCCAAAAGCUCCAGCUGUGGUGAACUUUGUAACAAAGAAUAGAGAAAUCCAUGAGCUGUGUCAGAAAUAUGGAGGAAGAUAUGUCAUUCUCAACGUCAGAGACAAACAGCAGGUCUCUGAGGUGUUGGACACUGUGGACAGAAUGAGAAUGUCCAAGGACAAACCAUCCUACACAGCAGAAACAUUUGGACGAGUCCAAAUAGAGAAGAUCACUGAGCUACAGGCUGAAAAUGAAGCUCUGAAAAACAAACGCCAAAACCCCUGUGAUGAAGAUAAACAGAGUCCAGAUUGUCUGAAGAUUGUGUUGAUUGGAAAAACCGGCAGUGGAAAGAGCUCCUCAGGAAACACCAUCCUGGGAAGAGAAGAGUUUAAAGCUGAAUCAAGUCGAACAUCAGUCACUAAAUUUUGUCAGAAAGUACGAGGUCAGGUGGACGGUCGUCCUGUCGCUGUAGUCGACACUCCUGGUCUGUUCGACACAAAAUUGACCAAUGAGGAGGUUCAUAAGGAGAUGGUAAAAUGCAUCAGUCUUUUGGCUCCAGGACCACAUGUCUUCCUGUUGGUGUUACAGAUUGGCAGAUUCACAGAAGAAGAAGAAAAGGUAAUAAAACACAUAAAAGAAGGAUUUGGGACGAAUGCUGAAAAGUUCAUCAUCAUCCUUUUCACACGUGGAGAUGAUCUGGAGGCUCAUGGGAAGUCAAUUGAGGAAUACAUAAAUAAUGAACCUGAUGAUUCGUUCAAUAAGCUGAUCUCUGACUGUGGACGAAGAUACCAUGUGUUCAAUAACCAAGAUAAAAACCCCACACAGGUCAGUGAGCUGAUGAAGAAGAUCGACUCCAUGGUGAAAGAAAACGGAGGAAGCUGCUUCACUAAUGACAUGCUUCAAGAGGCUGAAGCAGCGAUAAAGAAAGAGAUGGAGAGACUGUUAAAGGAGAAAGAAGAAGAGAUGAGGAAGCAGAAGGAGGAGCUGGAAAGAAAACAUGAGGAAGAAAUGAUGGAAAUGAAAAGACGAAUGGAAGAACAAAGAGAAGCAACUGAAAGAGAGAGAAAACAGAGAGAACAACUGAAAGAAAUGGAGGAAAACAUUAAGAAAGAACGCGAACAAAGGAAGAAAGAACAGGAGGAGAGAGAGGAGGAAGACAGAAGAAAGAAAGAACAAGAUGAACUUCAACGACAGGAGUGGAAAAAGAAACUUCAAGAUCUGGAAACAAAGAUAAGAUCAGAGUCAGAAUCUAAAGAAAUGAUCGAUAGAAAACUGGAGGAGAGCAGAGAAGAAAUGAGAAAACAACGAGAGGCCUGGGAGGAAGAAAGAAGACGAGAAUGGAACAAACGAAAAGAAGAGGAGGAAGAAAGAAAAAGAGAGGAAGGAAAACUUAGAAAGCUUCAAGAACAAUAUGAGCAAGAGAAAGAGGAAUAUGAAAGAAAAAGAAGAGAAGAAACUGAAAGAGAGAGAAAAAAGAGAGAAGAAGAAGUGAAAGAAAUGGAGGAAAACAUUAAGAGAGAACGCAAACAAAGGAAGAAAGAACAGGAAGAGAGAGAAGAGGAAGACAGAAGAAAGAAAGAAGAAGAUGAAAUUCAACGACAGGAGUGGAAACAGCAACUUCAAGAUCUGGAAACAAAGAUAAGAUCAGAGUCAGAAACUAAAGAAAGGAUCAACAGAGAACUGGAGGAGAGCAGGGAAAAAAUGAAAAAACAACAAGAGGCCUGGGAGGAAGAAAGAGGACGAGAAUGGAACAAACGAAAAGAAGAGGAUGAAGAAAGAAAAAGAGAAGAAGAAGGAAAACUUAGAAAGCUUCAAGAACAAUAUGAGCAAGAGAAAGAAGAAUAUGAAAGAAAAAGAAAAGAAACUGAAAGAGAGAGAAAAAAGAGAGAAGAAGAAAUGAAAGAUAUGGAGGAAAACAUUAAGAGAGAACGUGAACAAAGGAAGAAAGAACAGGAAGAGAGAGAAGAGAAAGACAGAAGAAAGAAAGAAGAAGAUGAAAUUCAACGACAGGAGUGGAAAAAGAAACUUCAAGAUCUGGAAACAAAGAUAAGAUCAGAGUCAGAAUCUAAAGAAAUGAUCGAUAGAAAACUGGAGGAGAGCAGAGAAGAAAUGAGAAAACAACGAGAGGCCUGGGAGGAAGAAAGAAGACGAGAAUGGAACAAACGAAAAGAAGAGGAGGAAGAAAGAAAAAGAGAGGAGGAAGGAAAACUUAGAAAGCUUCAAGAACAAUAUGAGCAAGAGAAAGAAGAAUACGAAAGUAAAAGAAGAGAAGAUAAACGGAUCAGACAAGAGGAAGAAAAACAAAGAAAAGAACUAAAGGAGAAAUAUCAGAGAGAAGUGGAAGAUCUGAAGACGAAACAUGAAGAAGAGGCCAGAAAGGAAGCAGAAGAAUUCAAUGAAUUCACAGAGAAACUCAGAAGGAAACAUGAAAUUGAGAAGGAAGAAUAUGAGAAACAUAUGAAGGAAAAAGAUGAAAAGUACGACCUGUUAAAGGCUAUGCGUGACCACAAUGAAAAAGAAUGGAUGAGAAAACAUCAGAAGGAAAUCAACGACUUGGUCAAAUGUAUGAAGAAGAAGAGCAACAAUCUGACAAAAAUCAGUGAGUUACUGAGUAAACAGGAAAAAGAAAUGGAGAAUGUCAAAGAUCAGGAGAAAAAAGAAAAUCUGCAGAAAAAACAUGAAGCAGAAACAAAUAAACUGAUACAGUCACUCCUGAAGGAAGUCGAUGCUUGUUCACUUCUUUAGAAAACUUAUUUGGUUUUUAGAACAGCACCAGAAUAAGAGUGCACUUUGAAAUCUUCAUUUUUCUAUUGUUUCCAUUUUCUAAGUGCAUCUUUAAACACAGUGAUACUGUAUGAAUAUAUGUAUAACUGUAGUGAAUAUCACUGUCAAGGAAAAUCAUCAGUGUGCAAAGACUCUUGGGAUAUUGUAUUUUCCAGGGGAUCUAAUUAGGGGUGUGCCAAAAAAUCAAUUCAUAUAAAAAUCGCGAUUCUCAUUUGCCGCGAUUCAGAACCGAUUUAAAAUGUCCCAAAACCGAUUAUAAAAAAUAAAACAAAUCUGCCCGCAGUCUGCCUCUGUUUGUAUGUGGGACAUCCUGAUGUCAUCACGCAGCUGGUUCUGGAACAUACAUAUGCGCGGUAAGCUCCAAAACAAAGGAAACUAAUGAAGGUGGUAGGGUUAGCUAUGCGGUUAGCGGCUAGCACGAUUAGUGGCUAGCACAUUGACACGCCACCAAAUGGCAUUAAAUAACACAUGAAAUGAUGAAAAUGCAUAUGUAUAGCACGGCAAAUGAAAUAAACUGGUGUCACAUCCAACAGUAUUUGCUGAGCUCAGUCUGUCAGCUGCAUCAGCCAGAGUUUAAGGACACGGUGACACAGUCAAACACCAGAGGAAAACCAACACACACUGAUGUACCUCACCAAACUCCUGCCAAUCAUGGAUAAAUGUUUAAAACUGCAUUAAUGUGAAAAAGACAUUUUAAUAUGUGCAUUUGUCAUUCUGUCUUGCAAAGCAGACAGGAGUAGAUCAUAAGGAUCCUUUGCACACCUAUAGAUUUAAGCAGAAAUCAUUAGGAAUCAAAUCAUUAGGAAUCGAAAAUCAUUUUUGAAUUGAAUCGAAUCAUGAGAUAGUAAAAGAUUCCCACCCCUAGAUCUAAUGUCCCUCUGCCUUUGAAAUGAGACAGCCUCCACACUGAAUAUGAGCAUAGAGCCUGGAACUUCCUGUUACCAGUAGGUGGCACCGUGUGAAUUUGAUCAUGUACAUUUUUAUUAUAACUUCAGCUUCGUGGCAGAACAUCAAAAUUUUCCACAUUGCCAUGGCCACACAUUUCAAGGAAAAGUCACCAUUUUCUGAACUUUGCAUCUCAAAGGUCUUUACCUGAAGUCACUAGCUUUAAUUUUGGGCAGUUUGUUCAUUUUAAUUCAUUUGUUUCUUCUUUUUGGUUCAGGAUUUGGCUCCUAGUGGCUGGACCUGGUCCAUAUUUAUACUAAAUUUAGUCCAUUUAAGUCAAACCAUCUUUGAACAUUGGUACCAGUGUUAUCAGGCCAUUUUACCACAUACUUAAAAAUAUUAUUUUCACCACUGCAUUGGUCAGCAGAAUAACUUCAUUCUCUUAAAAUAUUCACUAUUUUUGGGACAGUGUGGUUUUCAGAUGAUGAUUUAUAUGAAAUGUUCAUAUCAGGUGGAAGAUUUCUUUUAUAAUCUAAUGUUUUCUGUUGAUUUAUUUCAGUAAAAUAUGUGUAAAAUACUUUUCGCUUGCUGUUAUAGUAGUACUUGGGUGCACUGCUGUUUCCUAUUGUUUAUUUCUUGUUUAUUUUCUUUGUGUUCAGGUGUAACUCCUGUUUAUUUCAAGUCUGUUUAAUGUCAUCAUUAUAUUCACAUGUGAUGUGUUUCCUCCCAAAACCUUAUUCUACAAAUCAUCAGAAACAAACCUGUUCAUCACUGAUUUUGUACUCUAUAUUUUACAAUAAACACAUUUAAUGGUUCA